UUAGGACAUUAUCCUAAUGUAACGUCAUUAUAUAAUCCCUUAUUUGUUGUUGGUGCUGUAUUUUAUAGUCACUAGAGACAAUAUGGUCAUAUGUAAUACAAGAACAAUGCAGUGCAUAAAGUUUUGGUUUCCAAACUCUCAUUCAAACCUGUCAGAUUUAAUUCUGAAGAAUGUUGGUCACAUGGUGACCAAAGCUAAGAAUGUCUGAGCAGAAAUGCAUUCUAUGAGGGAGGAUCUUACUUAACUUGACCUGAUAUCUACUUUAUAAAAGAGGUGUUUUUGCUUGUGUUCUCAAUAUCACGCCAUAUCAACUACAGGAUCUGUCAUUCGGUAACCCAAAGGAAGAUACUAUGUUUGUAUAUCAAUGGAAUCCACACACUCCUUAUACAUUCGACUCCCAAAAGAAUAUGAGGGAUCUAUUCAGGAAUUUGGAGAAUGGGACCAUGGGAUUGUUGUGAUAAACCUAAUUCCAUGUUUGACAGAGACUGGACUUCGGUCCUACUUCCAAAGGUUUGGGACAAUUACAGAAUGUGUUAUCAAGACUGACAAGACAUCAGGUUGGCCAAAGGGUGUGGGCUUUUUCAGAUAUUCAUCUACAGAGGAGGCUGAAGCACCAGAGGCAGCUGGACCGCCACAUCUUGGAGGGUUUCAGACAGAUAUCUACAGAGUUGUAAUACCAAAGGUUGCAGAGGCAGAUAAAAACUCUCCAAUACCAACACUUCCAUACAAACAUUCACAUGAACUAGGAAUGGCGUACAAACACAUCAACAGUCGCUGGCUGCAGUGAUUUACACUAAACCUCAUCCUCUGAUUUUACUCCCAACAAAUGUGAACUAAAUGUGUCUGUAUGUUACACCAGUUUAUUGUCAAAUUUUAUACUUUCAUUAUCACCUUCAUACUACUUUUUGAUGUGAUUUUAUGUUUAUAAAAUGUUCUACUGUUAAGAAUGCCUUUAUUAAUGUCUUUAAAUGCUGCAUAAAUUAAUUCUCAAAGCAGUUCUCAUUGAUUUACAAGGUAUAUUUCAUUACUUUUAUUUAUUUCCUUAAUUUGCCCAUUAAUGUAACUAUUGAGGUUACACAGGAGAUUCCACAUACUGUCCAGAUGAUGGCAGGGUUUUAUUAAUGAGUUAUUUUCAAAAAAUGUUGACAAUUCAAAAUAUUUCCAUAAAACCUGAGAGUAUAAAUGUUUUAAUAUCUUUAUAUUAUUUUUAUUCAUAAAAGACAAUUUGACUGUUGUUCUUUAUUUUUUUUACUAUUUAAUUUUGUUGCACGAAUGAAGGGUUUUAACACCAGUAACAAAUUCUCUUAAAAGUUUAAUUUUCUAAGAUGGUGUCAAUAGCUUCACAAAACAUACACUACUGAUUAGACUGAAAAAAUAAAUAAUACCAUUGAAUUAUUCUUUUUUAUCUUUCACAUAAACAUUAAACAAUGUAACACCAAGGACAAAUUUAAAUGAAUCAUGUGAAAAAAAAAAAAAAAAAAAAAAAACUUUUUCAACAUCUUAGGGAAAUCAGUAUAUUGCACAUUUGAGCAGCCUCUUAUUCCUCUGAACUUUGAUCUGGAAAGUUCUUUUCCAAAACUUUCUGUAUUUUAAAAAUACACAUUUUUUUUUUUUAAAUUGAUAACACCAAUGACAUAAUAUCAAGGGACAUUCUUUUUUAAUUAUUACAAUUUUUAUUUUUUGCUUUUUUUCCCCACACUUGUUAGGUCUUUCACUAAUGCUUUUGUAGGGGAAUAUAGAUAGACCCACUAGAGAGAACAGUAUGAACAAUGAUGACCAGGAGUAAAAGUUGAGUUUCAAUCAGUUUCAAUCAGAGAGUUUACUGAAGACAAAGU